UCGUUGGACUACGAUCAACCAGAAUGGACUUGGCUUUCUUCAAAGUCCUAACUAUUUACAAAUUAAGAAGGUCUUCCAUGAUCGUGCCUGCAUAUUUGCUGAGCACUUUGAAACUAUCCUCCAAUUCAAGACCUCAAAUUGUAUAAUAUUUAAUCAGGGGGACCAGUGAGUUCUAGACAGUUCAACGCUUGCCUCGUUUCAAGGCGUUCUCGUCUCACGACGGGACGCCUGGAACGGGAUGCCCAAAAUAAGCCUUAUUGGUGAGAAAGCGGGAGGGACUUCCAGUUAAAUGGGUUCAAAGCUUUUUAUAGCUGUGCAUGAGUUUAGCGGCGAGAAAGGGGGAGGGACUAUCUCUGAAAUAUUGUGUAGCAUAUUGCUGUGUCGAUUCAUCUUAAAGCACCAUAUUUAUUACCCUUUUCGUUGUUAUUCGAGCUUUAUUUAUUUUUCUUGUGCCGGGGACAUUAAAUUGGCGUACGCAGGUCAUAGGAAAUACGAGACCUGAAAUUACAUUAAAGUAGACCGGGGUACCGCUACGAUUCAGGAUCGUCUCUCAGCCUAGUUCGGCCCCGUUACCGACGCGACCUGUAGCUUUAAGAAGGCGUGUGUUGUUUACUGGGGUUGUAUCUACUUUGAACAGCCAGUAGAUGAGUGCGAUUGGAGUCGGAUUGCGUCGGAUGUUGUUCUGUUUAUCCGACCCUGAUGCAAAACACUCACAGUCGGAACAAUAGUCUGUUUUUUUUGUCGUUCUUGUAUCACUGACCGGUUUUAUUCGAGCACCAGCAGUUCUCCCUGUAAAGCACCGCAUGCUGCCAGUGUGGAGAUCCCUCUCCUGCCCUGAGCCGACAACAUGGACCUGCACAUUCUGGACCACAGACUGCGGGUUACCAGCAUAUCCAAGGACGGCCUGGUCCAUUUCACGCACCCUCUGAUCAAAUUAAUAUUUCUCCGCAACAGAACACGAUGCAAGUUCUUCAGUUUGACCGAGACCCCGGAGAACUACACGGUGGUCCUGGAUGAGGAGGGCUUCAAAGAGCUCAAGCCUUCAGAGCACUUGCAGGUUGAGGGCUCUGUCUGGCUGCCACUCAACGUGGUCUCCAGCGGCAACGUCUCCAGCAGCUCUCAGGCAGUUGGCGUGACCAAGAUUGCCAAGUCAGUCAUCGCCCCAUUGGCUGAGCAGCAUGUGUCUGUCUUCAUGCUGUCCACCUAUCAGACAGAUUUCAUAUUAGUGAAGGAGCAGGACCUAGCGGUGGUGGUGUCUACACUGGGGGAGGAGUUCAGUAUCUUCAGAGAGGUGGAGGGAGAAUCGGUCCCCGUGCAGGACGUCCACAACGGCCUUCACAAAAACGGCAAAGAAGCCAUCCAGCCUACAGUCCACCCAGUUCUCAUUCCUCAGAACCACUUCUGUGUCAUGUCUCUGGACCCUGACACGCUUCCCUCAAUCGCCACCACCCUCAUCGACGUCCUGUUCUACUCCAACAGUCCUAAGGAAGGCACCUCAUCUACGGCUGGUGCCGAACUGGACUGCAUCAAAUUCUUCUCCUUCUCGCUCAUUGACGGCUACAUCUCACUGGUGAUGGACACCGAGGCUCAGAGGCAGUUCCCUGCUGACCUGCUCUUCACUAGCUCCUCGGGAGAACUCUGGAGGAUGGUUCGUAUCGGAGGUCAACCUCUGGGCUUCGACGAGUGUGGUAUCGUGGCCCAGAUCUCUCAGCCACUGGCAGACAGCGAUAUCUCUGCCUACUACAUUAGCACCUUCAGCUUUGAUCAUGCAUUGGUGCCUGAGGAGGACAUCGGGAGAGUGACAGAAAUGCUCCGUCAUCAGAGGAAGGAACCGGCCGCCAGCUGAGGGUAUCCCCCCCAGUUCGGGCCGCUCCGGCCGUGUGUGUGUGUGUGUGUGUGUGUGUGUGUGUGUGUGUGUGUGUGUGUGUGUGUGUGUGUGUGUGUGUGUGUGUGUGUGUGUGUGUGUGUGUGUGUGUGUCACAGCUGGUUGCACCGUGGAGUAGCCCUGUUUCAAAGCACACACGGGUCCAAUCCAACCUGAGUUACCAGACGGAGAAGAAGUGUGAACUAACGUGCACUAAUGUAGACCGUUGACCCUGUAGUGCGUCUAUGAUCUGAGGCUAAACUUGUAUCUUCAUGUUGUGUUGAACACUCCACACCUUUGCUAACACACAACUGAGUCUUCCAGAUUUUAUACGUUUUAAGACUGUGUCACGGUCUUUAUGUUUAAACUUAGUUAUUAGUGCUAUCAGGCAUUCAUUUUUUAAGUUUGACGGUAGGUCAUUAAUUAAUGCUGAAGAAAUAUGCAUUUAAAAGGUAAUUUCUUAACAUUUUCAGGGUUAUUCCAAGGUCCACCACACUGUCUUAUUUUGGUUUUGUUAUUUGCACAUUUAAAUCCUAGUUCUUGGUAGCUAGAUAGUUUUGCUUUCGUGUUAAAAUAACAUUUUGUACAAUCUGAAGCAGAACACAAGUAUUACGUUAGCAUUUUCUAUUUUGUCAUACUUCACUCAAUAAAGAAGUAUUGCGACAA